UCCGUUUGUUCAUUUACAGUGAGGUACAAUAAUAUCGUAUAAUUAUAAAAUCAUAAUAUAGGUAAUAUCAUAACAUAUUAUUAUAUUAUAUACUGUAGUGGUGACCGCAGUAAAUCAAAAACCGAGUGGGUGUAUAUUCGAUAUCAUAUAGGUCGCUCUUGUAACCAUAACGGUCACUCGCCGAAAUCCAUUCGUUUCAGUAACAGUCCAGGACACUGCCACCGAUCACGUCAUGCCGAGCUACGACGACCACACUACCAACCCAAUGGACGGAGAACGCGAUUGUGGUUCAUACAUGUCCUGCAAACUGGUGAUGUACGAAGACGGUGGUGGAGGUGGUGGUGGUGGUGGUAGCAGCAGUAGCAGUGGCGACGACUCAAAUUCUAGCGGAAACGGAGGCAGCGACUUUUACGACGAUUCCGGAAGUUGGUCCGAGGUCAGCAUUAGCUGCGAGGGCGCCAACACCUCUUUGUGUGGAAGUGCAGACGAGGGCUGCUUUAGCGGCGACGGCAGCAAUAACGGUAGUAGCAGCGACUGUGGUAGUGGCGGCAACGGCAGUGUCAACAGUGGCAAGUGGUUGAAAUCGUUGCGCACCGUCAUUGAUAGGAUGGUCAGGAGUGAGAGCAAGGGCCGUGGUCAGAAGAGAGCUGUGAAGAGCAUCCUCCGGCCGCCGACCACUUAUAAGUACGUCAUCGGCAUGUCCGGGUUCCCGUCAAAGGUUCCCGUCUACCCGAAAACCACCAUGUGAACCAAACUCGCCGCCACCGUUCUAUCGCCGUACCCGCUACACCUUUGGAACCUCAUCAACUAUUACUACGUACACGACAACGACUUCCGGUUAUCUUCACAUUUCCGUAUCACCUCCACCGCCACCGCCUCCUCGAUUGCGUCUGUCAAGAAACUCCGUGGAUGCAGAGCGCUGUUCAUCCCUCAGUAUCAUUUGAGAAUUUCGUGACGUCUUUCACCCCGUUGCACGAUGGUCACGCGUGGAUAUUAUUUACCUACGUUGGGCAUUCAUCUAUUCCGCCGUUACAUCAUGGUUUGAAAAAAGGUAUAUAAUAUUAUCGGCUAUAUUGUUCCACUGAGUCUUAAAUCAACAGAAACUAGCCAUUUGAUGGAUAGAUUUUAUACUACAUUAAUUUAUAUUAUUAUUUUUUUUUUUUAAUAAUUAAUUUAUGACGCGAUGAGUCGUAAU